AUGAGAGAUCCUUGGAACAGCAGAGCUUUCCCUUUUUCWCAACGGACUUAAAGGUGCAUGAAAGCAUAUCAGGCAGCAGGACACAAACGGCCUUAGCAAAAAGUACUUUGGAGUCUCAAGAAAGUAAUUUGCUUCAAACAGUUUUAUCAUCAGUUACCACUUCCUUUGAUGGGACUUUACCGAGCCAAGAAGAAACAGGCAGGAUUUCAGAAGGGAGAAGUACGCCGUUGGUGGAUGUCUCUGUAACGAGCAAUGAGGCAUUCCUAAGUGAUGAUGAAUUUAUUAGCUCCUUUUCAAAGGCACAGUGGACUCCUCCAGUGAAGUCUUUUGCAGUUUUAACAGAUCAUCACUCAGUUAACACAGUAGAGCCAUCAAGAGAAACGUUAGAAACUGUGUUGCUAACACCUUCAUUAUCUGUCCUUUCUUCACCGUAUGAUAUCUCAGAAACAGCACAGCAGAAGACUCCGCUGAGCGCUGUCCCUGAAGGCAGCUACACUCCUACGGAACUAAAGCCUUUUGUACCAGAUCAUGAAAUGCCAACAGCAAGCAGAGACUUGCUGUCCUACCCUCCAAAUACAGCCGUUCCUUUCACUACCAUUCCUUCAGAGAYGGGAGUUGUGGUGCAGGAAAACAUUACUGCAAGUUUAACAGCUCUGCCUUUUGGGGCUGCUGCAGAAGGAUCGCCUCUUCAUCUGCCGCUCCUGGGUGAAACCAGCGCUGGGGAUCCAGAUGCCACAGCACAACGUGCAGAGCAGUAUGGUGAUGUUUACACCCAUGAGAGUAGCUGGGCAGCAGAAUCUCUCAGUCCAAGGACCGACCCCACUCAGAGCAUUCCCUGGGCCAUGCCAGCUUCAGCAGCCAGUUCUGAGCCUGCAUUUUUCCCUACGAGUCUUCCACUUGUGUCUUUCCCUCUUGAUUCAGCUGCCAUUUCCGUGAACUCUAAUACAGUUCUUAAUGCCAGCCUGUUUACACGGGAAUUCUCCACUACAGCACCAAAUUUGCCUGCUGGUUCAGAAAUACCAAGUCAAUCAGAGCUUGUCGGUGAGCUCAAGAGUCCAGUGCCUUUCACGAGAUCRUACAGUUACAGUUGUCUGUAUUGUGACUCAGUUUCCCUUCUGCCAGAAGCAGGCUUUCCCCCAGAACAUGACAUGGGCUCAGGCGACGAUGCUGAAACUCUGUCCAUCAAAGCCUCUGAAGUACAAGGCGUAACCCUAUUUACAACUCUAAUUACUGAUGGGUAUGAGUUAGAGGARCCUACACCUGAGAUUUUUGAUACUUCUUUUCCAUCCAGACCAGUUGUUUCACUUUCUUCCAGAUUCGCAGAAAUCCCCGAUUCAAGCAUGUUUUUAUUAAGCACUACAGACACUAGAACACCUGUGACAAUAUCUCCUUCCUACCAUCAUCUCCCUGGGGAAACAUCAGUGAACAUCUCUGUUUCUCAGACCCUCCCUUUUCUGGAAACAAUUUCAUGGACUCCGAGCACUCGUGUAGAACUUCCUGGUGCCACCACUGUCCCAUUGGACUCUACCAUCCUCCCRAGUGAGCCAGUACCAUCGUUUGCAAUCAGACAGACAACCUUGCUGGAAUUGCCAGAAUUAAUGCCAUCAGAAUCCGUGUUUUUGCUUGACAAGACAUCUACAAGGGAGGAACUGUCGUUAAAUAUUUCAGAUUUUCCUUCCAGUCUUUUAUCAACGCCAUUUCUUAUUGAAUCUAGCUACUUGUCUUUAUCRUUGACCAUGCUACAUUCUUACUCUGUCAUGCAGAGUGAUUUAUCAACAUUCUUACCUCAGACCUUGUUGACUGGGACAUCGGUACUUCCUGAGGAUGUUACCAGCUGGGACUUAGCUUCCCCUGUCAGCUCUGCCACUGACACCGAGGUUUCUCAGUUACAUCUUGGCCAAACAUCAUACUUCUAUUCAAAUGCAUCGUCCCUUCCAGACACACAGGUYCCUGAAAUAACGCCAUCGUCUUAUUUUCACUCAGAGUCGUCCGUGUUUCUGGAAGCAUCCUUGGUACUGCCAGUGGGCUCUGAAGUUGUGUUUACCUCAGCUGCCACAGGAGCUACCUCUCAGUUGGAGCCUUCACUCUCCACCUCUCCGUCUGUGGUUCCUACCCUGGUGCUGCCCACUCCCGACACCCCGUCUGUUACCAGCAGCAUCUCGCUCAGUGAAACCAACCUGAUCUCUUCGUUUACGACCUUGCCAGCAACUCCUGUCUUAAACGUAUCUUCAUCUCUACUUUCGACUGCUCCGGGUUCUGAUGAGGAUAUUGGUGCUACACUUAACCCCACGCUGCUUUUGACAUCUGGCAGCGAGGGCAGUGCCCCCACAGCCCUUCCUCCCCCAGCCUCUGACAAUGUCACAUCAGAUGACACCAUCAGCGUGACGCCUUUUCCUACAUCAUCUCUCUCUGCGACCUCGUUGUUUGCUCCCACACAAUUCCCUGUGACCUCCAGCCCUCCCMCUGGAUAUGAAGUUCCAUCAGGCAGCAGUGUGACUGCGGGUGCUGAUGCAUCAGCUCCUUCCACCACUGUCACCACUGUAGGCAGCCCGGGGACAUUGUCCUCCACCCCUCUGGGCACCACUACUCCCUCUGAACUCGUGGUUGUAACUUCUGCUGUGACUACUACCAGGCAGCCGUAUGUCUGCGACAUCACCGUUCCCGACCCUUACUUGGUCACUGCGGUGCUGGCCCGAAGAGCUGUUCUACGAAAUGUCAGUGAAUCCAUCAGACGAGUGCUCCGAGCUCAGUUCAGGAGAUCAGUAGAGCUGGAGGUUUAUAAAAUUUCCCCCAGAUUUUCUUUCUUGGUGACAUCGGGUCCUUUCGUUUACACGGCAAUAGCUGUCAUCAAUGUGCUUGUGAACAGCAGUCUCCUUCGUGGUGAGGCCCCCAUGAUCCUCUCCCUGCAUCCUUCUUUCACUGUGCCAGACAACAGAUUCCAGGUUCAGACAGUGCUUCAGUUUGUACCUCGAAACGUGGAUAUUAGGUUCUGCAACUUCAGCCAGCGCAUUGAGAAAGGGCUGACAAUGGCAUUCCUGGAGGUGAACAAACACCAGGAGUUCUACAACUUUACUGUGCAGAUCCUGAAUAUAACCCUGAGCAGGCCAGGGGUGGCAUUUCGACAGGGCCCUGUGAGCAUUGUUUUUGCCAUCCGAGAUAGGUCCGGUUUUCUGAAUGGGUCUGAAGUCAGUGAGCAGCUCAGAAACUUAUCCGUGGUGGAAUUCAGCUUCUACCUGGGCUUUCCUGUGCAGCAGAUUGCUGAACCCUUUCAUUAUCCUAAGCUGAACGUGUCCCAGCUGAUGAAAUCGUCCUGGGUGAGAACAGUUCUCCUGGGUGUGGUGGACCAGCGAAUCCAGGAGGAAGUGUUUCGGGCUGAGAUGGAAAGAAAACUSGCUCACCUGUUGAACGAGGCGUUGGUCAGAGGGCGCAUUUGGAGACGAGCCAGUUUCGCUGGCAGCAACAUCGUGCAGAUCGUGAACGUGUCGCGGUUAGUUGGUGUUGAUAACCCCGUGGAGCUGAUCUAUUUUGUGGAGGACCAAGAUGGGGAGAGACUGAGUGCUCUGAAGUGCUCAGACCUGAUGAACAGAGUCGAUAUCCAGCGYGCUGCCAUCAUCCUGGGAUACCGCAUCGAUGGCACCGUUGCGCAGCCUGUGGAGAGGCUGAAGGAGCCCUCUUCAGAGACAAAGAAUAGCAACCUCUGGAUUAUCGUCGGGGUGGCAGUCCCAGUGGCCGUGGUGCUCCUGAUUGUUACUAUUUUAUACUGGAAACUCUGCCGAACAGACAAGCUGGAGUUUCAGCCUGACACAAUCAGCAACAUUCAACAGCGACAGAAGCUACAAGCCCCCAGUGUGAAAGGCUUUGAUUUUGCCAAGCAGCAUCUGGGCCAGCACAAUAAAGAUGAUGUCCUGAUUAUCCAUGAGCCAGCUCCUUUACCAGGACCUAUCAAGGAUACCACCCCGUCUGAAAACGGAGAUGUGCCCAGCCCCAAAUCCAAGACUUCCACAAAGCCUUCAAAGACUGUUCGACACAGAGGGAGAAUUUCACCAUCAGAUGCYGAAUCCACUGCGAGUGAACAAUCCAGUGGCAGAGAGACAGGAGAAGAAAGUGCAAGGCCAUCAGCUGUUCCAAACGAGGGCAAACCACGCMGAGUAGUGAAGAAGGGACCUCCUCAGAGCAGCAGUGGGAACGAGCAGCACUCCUCAGCCUCCAUCUUCGAGCACGUGGACAGGAUGUCACGCUCYUCUGAUGCCAGCAGAAGGGUCCCCAGCAAGAUCCAGCUGAUCGCCAUGCAGCCCAUGGCAGCGCCYCCACUUCAGAACUCAGUGCUCUCUGAUCGAGUGGCAGAGACCAACAAAAUCAAUAAAGAGAUACAAACAGCCCUGAGGCAUAAAUCCGAGAUCGAGCAUCACCGCAAUAAGAUUCGCCUCCGUGCCAAGCGCAAAGGGCACUACGAAUUCCCUGUGGUGGAUGACGUGGUGGUGGUGGACUCCAAGGAGCAGCACAGAAUAUAUCGCAAGGCACAGAUGCAGAUUGACAAGAUCCUGGACCCUGGAGGCAGCGUGCCYACUGUUUUCAUAGAGCCCAGGAAGAGUUCUCGUGCAAAACGUUCUCCGAAGCAGCGCCGUCGCCAUCAGAUAAACGGGAGUCCCAUCGAUGCCGAAAAGGACAGRCUGAUCACCACUGACAGUGAUGGCACAUACAAAAGGCCUCCAGGAGUCAAUAAUUCUGCAUAUAUUUCUGACCCAGACCUGCCCCCUGAGCCACAGACAUCCUCGUCAGCCGAGCUGGCCAAGUUCCCCGGGCUGCCAUCACAGCCGGUGUCGCAGUACGUGCCGCCGCAGCCGUCCAUCGAGGAGGCGCGCCAGACCAUGCACUCGCUGCUGGACGACGCCUUCGCCCUGGUGGCUCCCAGCGGCCCCGCCGCCAAUUCCACACCGGCCGGGGGCUCGGGACAGCCGAGAUACAUGGAAUUUGGRAUGACUCCGCCAACAGCGCCAGGUCUCCUACCAAGGCAGACCUUCGGGCCAGGUUUUCUUCAGCCUGCAGAGCUGAUGCACGGAGAGCAGGCACCCCCUGAGGUUCAAUAUUCCUCCAGAGGGUUAUAUCCCGAGGAAAUGCCAUCCGUGGCACGGCCACGACCCGUUGGGAGCACUGCAGGUUCUCAGAUACAGCACCUCACUCAGGUGGGAAUUGCUAGCAGGAUCGGAGGUCAACCAGUGGAGAUCCCCUCAGGCAGAGCAGGGCAUGGCCAGCCGGGGGGGCCAGGGUGGCCCCAGUACCGUGGAGAGGAUGAAUGUGCUAGGCGAGAUGCAACGCCUAUGCAUGGACACCAAGAAUAUUCCUCCUCACCAGUAUUCCAGAUGCCGAGGACUUCAGCCAGGCAGCCCUCAGCACCUCCUGCUCAGCUUCCACACAACAGCCUUCAGGGCCAGGGCCUUUGCUACACCACCAGUUCCACUGAGGACCUCCAGCCAGGUCACUCCUCAGCCUCUCUUAUCAAAGCAAUCAGAGAAGAACUGCUGCGGCUUUCUCAGAAACAGACAGCAGUGCAGAACUUCCACAGCUGAUUUAGCAUUCCGUUGCAAAUCUGCCAGGUAUCUGCUUCCUAUGGAAGCAAGGACUUAGAGGAAAUCAUCAAUGUUGUUCUCAAAGGAAGGAAUUUUCACAACUCUUUGUUGGCAGCACUCUGGAAAAAUCGAAAAAGGCAGCAAAAUGAGAAUUGUAAGGAGAGAUUAGGGACAAAUGGGGAAAAUCAUCARCAUCAUCACAAGUAAUGUUAAUUAAUCUGCUAAUAUUACGGUGCUCCUCUUCUCUCCUUACCCUCAUUCAGCCUAACACAUAAAUAAAACCUUAGGUCAAGAACUCGAUACUCCAGCAACAAAAAAAAAAACAAGACAGGAACAAACUUCAAGUAUGAUAGACUCCUUUUUCUAAGGAAGUAGGUGAAGUUUUGAAUAAACUGAGAUGACAUUUUGCAAGAGAUUACAAGUAUUCUUAUCUCUCCAGUGCUUACGGGGAACUGGUUUGUGUUGUUGUCCUGCAGGAUUACAAACUGUAUCAGCUCGAGGGUCUUGAAGGUCCGAUAUAAGAAUCACUUUGGUUGUCAGGAGCAAUGGGACUACUUAGAAUAAAAGUCUUUAUGAGUUACUUGUAUCAAACUGGAACAAUAAUUGUUACAGCUCUGUGGUUCCGAAUGGAGCUACCCUCUGCACUCUUCCUUGUUUUCCUUCUGGUGCUCAAGCUUCAAGUGUUCCUUCAUCUUCAAUGUUUGCAAAGUGAAACAUUGGCCUUGUAUAAUUAAGAAAAUAUUUGUAGACUCAUUCAGGCUGGAAAAACAAAGCAAAGCAUCCAAACAGAAAGGGCUUGGURUCUAAUUUGUUUAAAAUUUAUUGAAAACUGGGUGGGGGGUACUCAGCCACAUUGAAUUUGGGGAAAUGUGUGUGUAUAUCUUUAAAAAAACAUAUUGACAGACUAAAUGCUCUUGCAAGAGCAGCGAUGAAAUAUUGUCACUCUGUAGUUUGCUUUGUGGACAGAAACCAAUCCAGCCUGACUGGUACAGGGUCACCAGCAUUACGUUAUAAAUUGAUGUCCUAAAUCAUUGCUUAUGUUUGGAUCUGAAUAAUUUUAGUGGAAGUCAGUGACAGUUUAGAGCAUUAACAUAGGCUUAGAUUUGCAGUUUUGAGACAGUUUCUAUAUUUAUACUUGUUUCCACCAUCCCUUUGGACAAAGGGUAAUAAGCGUUAUCCCCAUGGUAAGAAUGGUACGUGCCAUGGAACUGUUUGUCGCUGGUUUUUUUCAGAGUUUUAAUUUAAAAUUAGCUACGAAUUUACUAAUACUGGCCAUUGCAUCACUGUAACUGACACAACACAUGCAGGCAUUUCGCUGAAGUCACGGUUGGGGGGAGCGUUUUCAUUUUCAGGUCAGAGUGAACUAAAACUACUGAACUGACACAGAUUUGGAGGGCAGGCUCAGAGGCUUGGGAGCCCUACCCUGGGGGAAUGAAAAGCAGAAGUGUGGGUGUUUCAAACACCAGCAGAUGGUAGAGGUCAAGGGUCCAAGGAGCAGAGAUCUGCCUGAGAGAACGCUGGGCGGUGUUUGCCUCGCUGGGGUAGAAUGGCACGGUGAAAUACAGGUGUGUAACACUGUACCAUGGUCUGUGGCUGCCCAACCUGCUCCUGGCUCCAGUGCACAGUUCAGUCAUUGCAACAGGACCAACUCAGCCUGAAAUGAGAAUAUCAGCUGGGAGGACACAGGGGAAGAAGUCACCCCUGUAUCUUAUUCUUGAAGCAUGUACAUCGUGCUCAUGGCCGAAGCCAAAACCUCAGUUUCCUCACUGAUGUGGAAAAAAAAGGUGGUGUGUUUCCCUCUUUACUAGAAAGCUCAGCUAUUUUUUCUGUUUACAUGUGAUCAUCAAAAAUGCUGUAUGAAACUGUUUGGAGGGACUUAGUGUGAUGAAGCAGCCUAAAUUAAUUUCCAGUUCCCUGGCCUUUAUGURAGCCCUCGUGGGCACCAGUUGAGCUUUGAAAGGAAUCAGAACACCAGCACGGUUGUGACAGCAGUACCGACAGGUCAUUAUGAUUUGAAUUUUUUUUUUUUUAAGUUUUUUGUGUGAUAAUCAAUUCUAGGAGCAAAAUAAACAUUUGUUUUCUGCCAACUUUGUAAACAUGAAUGUUGCCAAUACUUUUGCAAAAUGCCAGGUUUUGAAGAAUGAAGAGUGUAUCAGGCAGUGUUCAUUUGGUGGUUUGGACAGUGCUGAAGACUGACUGUUGCUAAGUGUUCCCAUUAAAACCAURUCUUUCAGACCCCAUAUCCUUCUCCAGCUUAAUUCUGUAGUGAGCUCAGAGACCAAUGCUAAUAUUAGCACUUUACUGGGACUUCAUUUCAAGAAAAYGUGGGCUUCUCGGAGGUAAAUUGUCUGGUUCCAGCUGUUUAAGAACAACUGUGAAAUAAGAGCUCUGAAAUUUAGAGGUAUUUAAGCCACUUCUCAUUCAUUUUUUUGCUAGUGAUGGUGAUGCUGUUGUGAAAUUACAUCUUUUUAUAUUUGGACAUAUAUUGUUUUAAUUUUCUUACUAAGAACACAGGACAAGUACUCAUAAAUAAAAGAGGCAUUCUGGUGGGAAAAAAAACCCUUUUUUUUAAACUUUGAACAGUAUAGUAAAAUAUAAGAAGUCAGAAAGGUGUGUUUGGAAGUUCUCAGAUUGGCUGGAGACCUGAUCCAGUGUCCAAAAAACUGGUGUAGCCUAGUCUGUAUCUCCAUAUGAUGAGAAGACAAACAUCAGUUACCAGUCACCAGUUCCAAGAAUGGCCCUAACAGGGGAGACCCACACCUUUUGCAGCUGYAGGUAAAGCUGUUUUUGUCAUGUGCUACAAAAGGAUUCUGUGGAAUGCGUGUGCCAGAAUGUGUGUUCCCACUUGGAAAUUUGGGGGGAGGAAAAUCUGUAGGCUUCUGCAUCCCCAUGUGCUUAAGUUCUUUUGCCAAUAUUUUAUUGCCCUGUKCAAAGGGGGGCGGAGAAAAACCAAACAAGCCUUUUUUUCUCCUGAAACUUUCAAGUAUUCUGCAUUUAAGUAUCCAUUAAUGAAUCUAUCAGUUUCUGAAAACACCAAUCAGAUGAAAAGUUGGUGCAGGCACAGAAAGCUGUUACCAACAGUUGCAUCCAUUUCCAUGACUAAGCCAUCUGGUUCAUGGAAUCCUCGGGCUCUUCCCUUUCUUCACAAUUUUCCUUGACAUUUGUGUUUAGUCUGUGUUUAGUUUGGCGUAUAAAAGAACUUGGCGAAGUGAGAGCCACAUAAUUUUCGUGGUUGGUUUCCUUUCCAUGGCCAAAAUAUUGACCUCCAGCCUGCUUCUUUGAUUAUUUUUGGAGCUAAGUGAAAUGUUACAGUUAUUUUUCAUACACUCGAUGUGAAAGGUGGGGUGUUUCAUUCAGUGCUGUAAAAUAUUCUCCACCAGGAUGUAACACGUGGUCCUGGCUGUGGGCCUGGGGCUCAGGAAAGAAAACCUUGCUUUUUAGGAGGAAUUAAUUGCAGAGGUGCUGGACUGGAAAUGUUAAAUAUGCCCACUUAGGAGCAGCAAAUGGAAUUUGAGAGACCCUUUGCAAUGCACUGUCCUUGCAGUGGUUUGGAUCAGRUGUUUGGGGAGCAGCAGUGUCACACAAGGAGUGGCUGGCGUGGUGGUGGCUACCCCAGCAUGGUGCACACAUAAAUAUAUUGAGUGAGCACCCAAAARUGACUCCAAAUUAGACCAUGGAGAGCAGGGUUACAGCAUCAUCUCAGAAAGAAGCUGUGCACAGCGAUCUUCCCAAGAACCACACCACCUCACACUGUUGUUAAUUCACAGCCUGAAAACACAUUUGAUGGAUUCCAUAAGGAAACUGGGUGUAAAUUCAAGCCCAGAUGAAAUCACCACUUACAUUAUGUGGAUGGCAGUAGGCAGCUGGACUCAUAUUUUUAACUUCUACCCUUGUUACAUUCCUCACUUUUCCAGCUAUCACUGUUUUUAGCUCAAGGAAGAAAUGUGCAUUUUCUGUUUCRUGCCUUAAAGUCGCAGUUCUUUGUAAAUAGGUGCCAGUCCUUGGAAAUACCCUACUUUGGCCAAGAGCUUUGAAGGGGCACGAUGAAGAGCAUUUGUGACUUUGAGGUGGGAACGUGCUGUUUACCAUAUUUGUACAGAUGCAAAGAAAUUAAUGGAUCUUGCAAAGAAAUAAAUGGAUCUUUUUAAAAAUGGCACCAGUUCGGUGU